ACUGUAUGUAACAGUGGUAUCAAUACUAUGUAGUGAAAUCACUAUUAAAGUUAUUCACUAUGAAAGAGACUGUACUAUUGAAGUAACGACUAUUUAAAGACAUACUAUGUAAAAGCCGACUAUGAAAAAACGAACUAUGAAAAGCCUUUGCUAUGAAAACGAAACUAUGAAAAGAAUGACUAUGAAACAAUGACUAUGAACUGCCUGGCACCGGAGUUUAAAUACACAAAAAAUAGUUAUUGGUAUGUCAUUUAUCUCCAUUAAUUGCAAUUUGCAUUAAUUUGCACUUUCUCAUCAAAUCACUUCCUACAUAGGUGCCAUGGGUCAGCUGGUUUUUAUUUGAUUAUAAAUCGUUGGAAUGGAUUCAUCUCUUCCAUACCAUUUUAAACCAGAGGACAGGAAAGUGUGCAAAUUACGGAAUUUCUGCAAAUAUGGAGCUUGCAAAAUAUCAAAUACUUUUUGCACUAGUUGUGCUUGCGACAUGUGAGAAAUUUCCAUCUCAACAUCAUGAGAGGGAAAGCGUAAUUUGGAGUAGAAUCCCAUUUGGGAAUGAAACAGACAAUGAAAUAGUUCGCUACAAGCCCUCCCAUGCUUUAUCUGUCAUCCCGCCGAACCGAAUUUUUCAAGGGUCCAGUGGAAAAUUGGAGAUAACAGACAACUGUGAAGGGGAAUCAUGGCUUAUAUCCGCCUAUCCAAGGAAGGACGACUGCGUUGAGACUUCCCCGAGUCAGUAUGAUUCCCUCCCGACAUACACCGUCUGCUUUGACCCUACACUCAAACAAACGUUGUACUCCGUGGGAAAGGUCUAUGGAAACGGUGGAUUACCUCGCGUUGGCGCUAGACAUUUUGAGGAGGCGAGGUCACUUUUUGAUUUUAAGUGGAAAGACAUGUACAAAAACCAAAGGAGAAAGUUGAAAGAUUCGGUUGGUGCAACAAACUACGCCAGAUUCUUUCCAGAAGAACAACAAUAUGCCUAUUCUUGUGGACACUUAUUUGCGAGGGGUGACGUCAAUACGCGCGUUGGCCAGGCGGCAACCAUGUUUCAUCUUAACGUCGCGCCACAGCAGGGAAUACUAAACGCAGGAAAUUGGAAGAUUAUCGAAAACGACGUCAGAGAUUUCCUAGGUCCCAAUACCGGCUUGUUGAAAGUGUGGACCGGUACGUUUGGUUUACUCCAGUUACCCCAUGACGACGGACGUCUUGUCGACAUGUACUUGGGACAAGGUGUCCCAGGUACGAUCCCCGUUCCCAAGUAUUUAGACUGCUCCAGUGAAUUCUUUUGGAAGUUGGUGUACGACAUUCCAUCAACCAAGGGCGUGGUAAUUAUUCAAUUCAACAAUCCCCACGCGACCCCUGCAGAGAUAGCUGUGGAGAGAAUACAAUGCACUGACAUGUGCGAUCGCGUCCCUUGGUUAACAAUUACACAACCCCAGAGGGACAACAUCCUCCACGGGUACACGUAUUGUUGCAAUGUGGACGAAUUUAAACAGAUUGUGGGAUAUCCGAGCGAACUUCCAGCAAUUAUCACUAAUUAUUGA